CCAUGGGGACGGGACGGGCGGUCGCCAUGGCAACCGGGCGGCCGGGCCUGGGGCGGGAAAAGCGGGAAAAGAACCCCAUUUCCCCUUCCAGAACCCCAUUUUCCCUUCCAGGACCCGAUCCCCCCUAGCCCCGCCCACAUCUCCCAUAUGCGCCCUCCCAUUGGUCGGGAGGAGGCGGGAUCCGGGAGCCGCCGCCUCUGAUUGGCUGAGGCGGGAGCGCGGGAAAGCGGCGGCGGGGGCUCCUUCCCGGCGUGCACUGCGCGGGGAACUGGGAGAGACUGGGAGGGGAACUGGAAGGUCGCCGAUGGCCGAGCCCCGCCCGGGCCCUCCCAGUGCUCCAAGUAACCCCCAGUGCUCCCAGUUCCCCCCUCCCAGUGCUCCCAGUACCUCCCAGUGCUCCCAGUUCCCCCCUCCCAGUGCUCCCAGUGCCUCCCAGUGCUCCCAGUUGCCCCCUCCCAGUGCUCCCAGUGCCUCCCAGUGCUCCCAGUUGCCCCCUCCCAGCCUGGAGGGGCUCAUCCCCCCCUCCCACUUUGUGCUGCGCCCCAGGUCCCUGGGGGCGGAGCUUGAGGCAGAAAAGGGGCGUGUCCAUGAGUUGGAGGCGGAGCUGGAAGUGCUGAGGGGGCGGAGCCAAUGCCUGGAGGCAGAGCUUGAGGCAGAAAGGAGGCGGAGCAAACACCUGGAGGCGGAGCUUGGAGCAGAAAAGGGGCGGGGCCAACGGCUGGAGGUGGAGCUUGGAGCAGAAAGGGGGCGGAGCCAACGGCUGGAGGCAGAACUCAAUGCAGAAAGGGGGCGGAGCCAAGCGCUGGGGGUGGAACUCGAUGCCCUGAGGGGGCGUGGCCAGCGGUUGGAGGCGGAGCUGGAUGCGGAAAAGGGGCGGAGCCAAAUCCUGGAGAUGGAGCUGGAGACCCUGAAGGGGCGGGGCCUGGGCCCAGAGGGGGCGGAGCCAAGCCCAGAGCAGGUGCUGCUGCGCCGCUGGCGCCUGAAGGUUUUCCAGCUGCUGCUGCAGGCGAGGCUGCAACAGAGCCGGGAGCUGCAGCUGCAGGGACAGGUGCGCUCCCUGGGGGCUGCAGUGGCCGCCGGGUCCCGCCAGGUGUCGCUGUUGGAGCUGCGGCUGCGCCAGGGGGAGCGGGAGAGACAGGCCCUGUCCCAGGAGCGGCUCCGGGCGGAGGCGGCCGAGGAGGAGCUGGGGAGGCUGGGCCGGGCCCUGAGCCGGCUGCUGGGGACACUGGGGGUGACCCUGGCCGAUGUCACCGUGGCCGUCGGGGCCCUGGGGACCCUCAGUGAGCGCCUGGGACGGGCCCAGCACCGACUGCGGGCGCUGGUGGCCUCGGGGCGGCUCCGGUGGCAGCGGGAGCCGGAGGGGACAGCAGGGGACAGCAGCGCGGUGGCCCCGGAGGUGACAUCGGAGAAGGCGAGGGGGUGGCACCGAGGGGACACCGGGGGUGGCUCUGUCCCCAGGGUGCCACCCCCGUGUCCCCCCCAGGCCACCAAGGGCGGGGACAGGACCCGGCCACGCCCAGGCGCAGUGUCCCUGGCCCCGUUGGUGACGCAGCUCCAGGCCCUCGGUGCCGCCAUCCUCGGGGACAUCGGGGACAUCGGGGAUCCCGCGGUGCCAGCGCCCCCCUGGGGACACCGGUGACAUCGGGGACACAGGUGACAUCACCAGGGAGCAGUGGCACCGUGGGGACAGAGGUGACAUCACUGUGGUGGUGGCGACGUCACUGUGGUGAUGUCGAUGAUGUCACUGUGGUGGCGAUGACGUCAUGGCUCUGGCUCAGUGCCACUUCGUC